GGAGGGUAGAGCCUCGGCAAUUACUAUAUAGUCUUACGUCUAGCGUCGGUGAGACAGCUCGAGCGCUUGGAGACUUCUGCAACUCACAUUGAAGUUUUUGACAUAGUGUUUGGUGUACAAGACUAUACCUGGAGAUGGCAUCGGAGAAAAUAAACAGACCAACGGGCUUUGGCAUGACAGCCGAAGUGAAGAAAAGGAUGGACUCAAAAUAUGAUGACCAGGCUGAACAAAACGCACGUUUAUGGAUGGAGGAUGUAACAGGAACUCUGCUGUGCAACCCCCCUGAUGAUAUUGAAACAGCAGAGCAAUUAAAUGAAUGGCGUUAUAACAAUCCAUUGGGUAGAGAUGGAAUGUGUGCGGCUUUGUCUGAUGGUCGCUAUUUGUGCAUGUUGAUGAAUACCAUCUAUGAAGGAGCAAUUCCAAAAUUUAAUGAAAUCCUGAAAGAGAAAGAUGCGUUCAGAAAGAGAGAAAAUAUCGAGAAGUUUAUUUUGGCCGGAAUAGACAAGUUAAAUUGCAAAAAACUGGAUCUAUUUCAAGUUGUGGACCUAUAUGAGAAAACUAAUCCGGGGCAGGUUAUCAAUGGAAUCUAUGCUGUAUCAAGAAAGGCCGCGGAUCUUCAUCCUGAUUGGCCUGUACUUGGACCAAAAGAGUCUAAAUACAGUCCACGCAUAUUCUCCAAGGAGCAAUUGAAAGAAGGCUUGAAUUUCAUUCCACUUCAGAUGGGCACAAAUAAAUGUGCUUCGCAGGCAGGCAUGACAUUUGGGAAACAGCGUUUCAUCAUUGACUAACUGCACAUACAUUCUGUCAUAAAAGUUGUACUGUACUUCGUAAAUGCAAUUUUCCUGCUGCCUUGGUAAAUUUUCCUCAUAAAUACAACGUUAAAGUUUGCUAAAGCUUUAAAAAUUUUCCUAUUCGAAAAAGUGAGCUUGUGUGAGAUAAUUAUUUUUUAAUAAAGUAUUAUAAAAUUGCAA